UAGCUACAACUUCAUUUGUAACAACCUACAGAUAUGGGAGCUUUUUUUUGUUCAUUUUAGUUUCUAAAUUAAUUGUUAAAUUGUUAAUAAUAGCAUGAACAAAUGCCGGAAAAUUUUCAAGAUAUAUGUUUUGUAUGGGACGAUUUUCACGAAGGGCUUGCGGUGCUUGGGGCUAAUGAACAAGAAGAUGAAAAAAUAAAAAGCCGUCGAAGAAAAAAGAAAAUAGUAGAUAAAUCUAAAAUUUAUUGUCCCCAUGCAUAUUUAAUUUUGAAUUUCCUAGAUAUUUUAAAUCCCAGUCAAAAAAUAAAGUAUCGUAAGAAUUAUCUUCGUAAAGUUUCUCCGAAUGAACCAGACGUCAUAAUACUCCAAGAUAUAAAAAAUAUCGUUCUAUAUUUGCUGACAACUCCAGUGAGUCUUCAGUUCAUAAACUUUUUCCAUCUGCGAGUCGUUGAUCGUCUACUGCGAGCACUUAUCGUCUACUUUCAAUUCUACACCCAGAUAUGGGAAGAGGAAAUAAUUAAAAAGCGCACUGUGGUCAUUAAGAAAGCACGAAGCCCUUUGGCAGGUGUCAGACAGAAAAAAGCUGAGGAAAUAAAUGCGCUGAGGAGUAUCGUCGCUCGAGAAUACUGCGAGUUGCUGGUUGGAUGUGAAGAAAGUGCUAAAUAUCAUCAUAUGCUUGCUGGUUUGUCCAUUGAGUCUCAAGGAGAGAAAGAUCUGAGGAUAUUUGAAUCGCUGAUCCAAGUUGCCCAUCGUGUUGUUUGGAUUGCUCUGGAGAGAAAGCACUACAAUUUAAUUGCAGAAGAACUCAACAGACUACUGAGAACUGAAGUUUACAAUUCUGCUGACCGUAAAACUGGACGUGAAACCGACACAGAGCUGGAUGAAGAAGAAAAACUUAUUCUUCAUGGUCCUAAAAUGUUACCACGUAGAAAAUUACUUAUAAAUUCACCAUUAGCUUAUCAAUUACUCAAUGAAUUAUGUGACUUUCGACUUGUUUCUUUAGGACUGACAAAUUUUGAGUCAAAAGAUCCUAGAGUUAUUUAUUUAAAAGAUGCGUUACUUGCUGAUGAAGAAAACUUACAUGAUUUGAGGAUAAAAGUCGGUAUGCUAGGACAACCACGCGCUAAUUAUGACAUUACACUAGUUCACAUUGACAAUGAAGAUGCUUUGGACAAAGAAGAAUUGUGGGAACGACGGAGAAGUUCACUGUCCGAUAAACGAAGAAAAAGUCUGAGUGUGGAGCAAAAACCCAGAGAAUUACCAGACUGCGGAGAUGACCCCGAGCUUCCCGAUGUUUAUGAUCUAACGAAAGUUCAGCGAAUUGAAGGGAAGUAUGACAAGUACCGCGAGGAAGCGAGGAAGAAAUGGGUAAAACGGGAAUUGAAUCGUCAAUCUUACUCAUCACAGUCGGACGCUAUUUCUAUUAUCACUACUACGAAUUAAACAUCAAUUAAAAUACUUAUUUUUCUUACAAAAUGUAUGGGAUAUAUUGACAUCAUCAUGAA